AUGUCAAGGCCGGGACCCCGGAAGGGAAGGGAGAUUAGGGGUUGGGGGGCGGGGGUGGCCGGGGUUCAGGGGCAGAUCUACAGGGUACGCCAGGUGGUUGGAGAGCUGCAGAUCGAGGGGGAUGCCUCCUGGUGUGAUGAUGAGUGGCAGGAGUCGAACUCGAAGCAGGUGGCGGGGCGCGUGCGCGGCGCCGCUGCUGCUGCUGCUGCGGUGCGCGCUCGUCAUGGCGUGCGUGGGCGGCGCGCUGGCCGUGGACGUGCAGGGCGCGGCGCUGCUGGCGUGGAAGCGCACGCUGCGGGGCGGCGCGGAGAAGCUGGGGGACUGGAGGGAGUCCGACGCGUCGCCGUGCCGGUGGACAGGGGUGUCCUGCAACGCGGCAGGGGCCGGGUCACGGAGCUCAGCCUGCAGUUCGUCGACCUGCACGGCGGCGUCCCCGCCGACCUGCCCGCUUCCGCCGUGGGCGCCACGCUGACGCGGCUCGUGCUCACGGGCACCAACCUCACGGGCCCCAUCCCGCCGCAGCUCAGCAACCUCAAGAACCUGCUGCUGUGGCAGAACAACCUCGUCGGCGUCAUACCGCCCGAGCUCGGGGCGUGCGCGGGGCUCACCGUCCUGGACCUGUCCAUGAACGGCCUCACCGGCCACAUCCCGGCGUCACUCGGGAACCUGACGUCGCUGCAGGAGCUUCAGCUCAGCGUGAACAAGGUGUCCGGCCCGAUCCCGGCCGAGCUCGCGCGCUGCACCAACCUCACCGACCUCGAGCUCGACAACAACCAGAUAUCCGGCGCCAUCCCCGCUGAGAUCGGUAAGCUCACGGCGCUGCGCAUGCUCUACCUCUGGGCCAAUCAACUCACGGGGCGCAUCCCGCCGAAUAUCGGCGGCUGCGCGAGCCUCGAGUCGCUCGACCUGUCGCAGAGCGGUCCCUCUUCCGGCUGCCGCGGCUCUUCAAGCUGCUGCUCAUCGACAAUACCUUCUCCGGCGAGAUACCACCCCUUCUCCGGCGAGAUACCACCGGAGAUUGGCAACUGCACGUCGCUCGUCCGGUUCCGUGCGAGCGGCAACAACCUCGCCGGCGCGAUUCCUCCCGAGGUUGGUAAGCUUGUCAACCUCAGCUUCUUUGACCUCAGCUCGAACAGGUUGUCAGGCGCCAUCCCGGCGGAGAUCUCCGGGUGCCGGAACCUCACGUUCGUUGACCUCCACGGCAAUGCCAUCGCCGGAGUUCUGCCUCCGGGGCUGUUCCACGACAUGCUCUGGCUGCAGUACCUGGACCUGUCGUACAACUCCAUCGGUGGCGCGAUCCCGUCGGACAUCGGCAAGCUCGGCUCGCUCAUCAAGCUCGUCCUUGGCGGGAACAGGCUCAUGGGCCAGAUACCUCAGGAGAUCGGUUCCUGUUCACGGCUCCAGCUCCUGGACCUCGGCGGCAACACGCUGUCCGGCGCGAUACCGGCGAGCACCGGCAAGAUUCCCGGGCUGGAGAUUGCUCUCAAUCUGAGCUGCAACGGCUUGUCUGGCGCGAUACCCAAGGAGUUCGGUGGCCUCGUGCGGCUUGGCGUGCUCGACGUGUCGCACAACCAGCUCUCCGGUGAUCUCCAGCCUCUGUCCGCGCUCCAGAACCUCGUGGCCCUCAACGUCUCCUUCAACGACUUCACCGGCCGCGCGCCCGCGACUGCGUUCUUCGCGAAGCUGCCGACGAGCGACGUGGAGGGCGACCCAGGCCUGUGCCUCUCGCGGUGCCCCGGCGACGCCAGCGAGCGCGAGCGCGCGGCCCGCGUCGCCACCGCCGUCCUGGUGUCCGCGCUCGUCGCCCUCCUCACCGCCGCGGCGUUCCUCCUCGUCGGCCGCCACAGACGUUCCUCGUCGGUGUUGUUCGGCGGCGUGCGCUCCGACGACGACGGCAAGGACGCCGAGAUGCUGCCGCCGUGGGACGUGACGCUGUACCAGAAGCUGGAGAUCAGCGUGGGCGACGUGGCGCGCAGCCUGACGCCCGCGAACGUCAUCGGUCAGGGCUGGUCAGGGUCAAUGUACCGCGCGAGCGUGCCGUCCACGGGCGCGGCCAUCGCCAUGAAGAGGUUCCGGUCGUGCGACGAGGCGUCCGCCGAGGCGUUCGCGUGCGAGGUCGGCGUGCUGCCCCGGGUGCGCCACCUCAACAUCGUGCGGCUCCUCGGGUGGGCGGCCAACCGCCGGACGCGCCUCCUCUUCUACGACUACCUCCCGAACGGCACCCUCGGCGGCCUGCUGCACAGCACCGGCGGAUCCACCGGCGGUGCCGUGGUGGAGUGGGAGGUGCGGCUGUCAAUCGCCAUCGGCGUGGCCGAGGGCCUCGCGUACCUGCACCACGACUGCGCGCCGGCGAUCCUCCACCGCGACGUCAAGGCCGACAACAUCCUCCUCGGCGAGCGGUACGAGGCGUGCCUCGCCGACUUCGGCCUCGCCAGGGUCGCCGAGGACGGUGCCAACUCGUCGCCCCCGCCGUUCGCCGGGUCGUACGGGUACAUCGCUCCCGGUUUAACGCUAUGCAUGCAUAUGUUACGUACUCCUACUCAUUAUUGCCUAUUAAUCAUGUCUUGGUACAGCACAGCACAAACUGAGCUGCGUCAGGCUCCGGCAACAGUCGGCACAUCAGGGCGGCGGACGAAACCGGCGUCGCACUAG